CGAAAUUUGCCGUCAAGUUGUUCGAAAUCUUAAACGUUUUGCUUUGGGUUCAGAUCAUUUUGGGCGAAUUGCGUAAUACCGUAAACAUUUAACGGACAGCAAAAUGCUGUCAUCAACUGUUAAAAGUCUCUCGAUAAGUUACGAUCCUAUAAACGAGCAAAACACAUUCUCCAAUGGAGAUACCAUUUCAGGACGACUAAUGCUGGAACUUUCAAAAGAAGCAGAGAUAAAUUCUCUGUCAGUAAAGGUGAAAGGAAAGGCCGACGUACACUGGAGAGAAAAACACGGAGAUAGACAUGUGUCUUAUAACGCAAAAGAAGACUACUUCAAGCUAGAACACUUCAUAUACAGAAAAGUAAAGAGCGACGGAGGCCAGAAGGACAGGUUGGUGGAUCAUAUGGGAGAGACUUAUGGUAAAGCAAUUCCAGCGGGAAAACACGUGUAUCCAUUCAGUUUCCGGAUUCCUGAUGGAAAAAUGCCAUCAUCCUAUAAAGGGAUCCACGGCAAAGUGCUCUACACAGUCACGGGUAAACUCGACAGGUCAAUGCGCAUGGAUCAGAAAGAAACGGUUGUGUUCAACUUUCUUUCCAGGGUGGACAUGCACAAUCCUGUGAACAUGUUGCCACAAUCUGGUAUGGAGAAUAAGAAGAUGAAGCUGUUCACCAAAGGAAGUGCCAACAUGAAAGUUAGCAUCAAUAAAAAGGGUUACAUGCCAGGUGAAUCAAUAAUGAUCACAGCCAACAUCGAGAACGACUCUUCACGUGACCUUGUGCCAAAGUUUUCUCUGGACCGAGAGGAGAGCUUCUAUGCCAGAUCCCAUCAGAAACAGUUCAAUAAGCGGAUCCUGAAAGAGGAGGGAGAGGCCAUCCCGUCAAAGUCUCACCAGACAAACAAUUACAUGGUUAAGAUCCCAUCUGAUGUGAUGGUCUCCAUCACUCACUGCCGUAUUAUCAAAGUUCUGUACCACCUGAAGGUCUAUCUGGAUGUUCCCUAUGCUUCAGACCCAGAGAUAGUUUUUCCAUUGAUUAUUUUUCCUCCUACUAAAGGGUAUAGCCCAAUGCCACCACCAGGUCCACCCAGUGAUUUUGAAAACACAAAAGAAGGGGGAUGGACCAGCUAUCCACCCCCAUCUGGGGUUGGGGGGUUUGCACCGCCAUCUGGCCCUGGAGGGUAUGCGCCCCCAUCUUACCCUGGAGGGUAUGCUCCCCCACCUGGGCCUGGAGGAUAUGCUCCCCCACCUGGGCCUGGAGGGUAUGCUCCCCCAACUGGGCCUGGAGGGUAUGCUCCCCCAACUGGGCCUGGAGGGUAUGCUCCCCCAACUGGGCCUGGAGGAUAUGCUCCCCCAACUGGGCCUGGAGGAUAUGCUCCCCCACCUUAUCCUGGAGAGGAUCUGCCUCCAUCUUACCCAGGAGGGUAUCCACCCCAAUCUGGGCCUGGAGGGUAUCCACCUCCAAAUGCCCCUGGAGGUUAUUCAGCUUCAAAUGCCCCUGGUGGAUUUCCACCCCAGUCUGCAUCAGGAUCUCAUCUUCCUCAGACUGUCCCAGGAUCUAAUCCACCUCAGAUUGCACCUAGUGCACCACCACCCCAAAUUGCCCCAGUAGACUUUUUGUCCCAGUCUGGCCCUAGUGCACCUCCACCCAUGACUGGGCCAGUAGAUUUUCUAUCCUCAAAUGCCCCAAGUGCACCUCCAGCUGGGGACACAUCUGGGAUAUAUCCAUCCCUGUCUGAUUUUGGAGGAAAACGACUGGAUAUCUGGGAAAUGCCAAGUUCCAUAAAAAGUAUUUCGUUUAGAUACGAUGCAAUUAAUCCGGAAAACACGUUCUCCAGUGAAGAUUUCAUAUCGGGUCGUCUCAUUUUGGAAGUUGGCAAACGAACUAAAAUCGAUUACCUCUUCAUUAAAGCCAAAGGUAAAGCGAAGGCGUUGUGGAGUGAAACCCACGGCAAAGUAGUCGUGGUAUACUACGACGUAGAAAAAUAUUUCACACUGAAGAACUACAUCAUUCAAGAUCAGAAGGCUGAAGGACAGGACUACCAAACACUGUUGAGUGGGAAUGGAGAGACAUACUCUAAUGUUGUGGGACCUGGAGUCCAUGAGUACCCGUUCACGUUUCAGAUUCCGGAAGGAAACAUGCCGUCAUCAUUUAAGGGUUCUUGUGGCAAAAUUGUCUACACUCUGGAGGCAAAGCUGAGCAGGUCAAUGAAACUGCCAUGCAAAACCAAGACAAAAUUCAUCUUUCAUUCAAAGACUGACCCCUACAUUCCCCAGCUGCUGGAACCCCAAUUUGCCAUGAAGGAAGAAAAGAUGAAAGUCUUCACAUCUGGAAAUGUCACCAUGAACAUCAAAACUGAAAGGAUGGGAUACCUGCAAGGUGAAGGGUUAAAGGUCACCGCAGAAAUAGAGAACAACUCCUCACGCAGCAUCGUGCCCAAGUUCUGCCUGUACCAGAAGCAGAGCUUCUUUGUCCAAGACAAUAGAAGGGUCCACACACAUAACAUCUUAAAGGAAGCUGGAGAGCCAAUCUCUGUGUCCACACGUCAGAAAGUCACCAAAGUGCUGAGCAUCCCUCAUGACGUGUCUCCCACUAUCCUAAACUGCAAGGUUGUGCAUGUGGAGUACAGACUAAAGCUCUACCUGGACAUCCCAUUUGCUAAAGACCCAGAGAUUAAACUACCUGUGGUGAUACUUCCUGCCGAUUCGGCGUUUGCAAAGAUGGUGCAGACGUGGCCCCCAUCAUAAGAGAGAUGCAAAUGUGACAGAAGACACCAUGUAGAGCAUGCACGCACUUCAUCACGUCAAUAGGGAUCACAUCACAGGGAAGCGAGUGCUCAUGUUGACUUGAUUCAUGCCUGUACAGAUGCAUUUUCUUCCAGCAAAAGCGUGGUUGAGCUUGACUAGGGACCCAUUGGCACAGUAGCAGCGUUUCAAACUACAUGAGGUGUACAUGAGUUUCUCAGAGAAACUGUAACCCAGUAAACAUUGGUUUGAUGCACCAAGCAUUUUCUAAAAGGAUUAUACCUGAAGUGUAUUCAAAAUUAUAAUUCUAUAUCAAACAUAUGUAAAAAUGCAUAAAUACAUAGAAAACAUAUAUAUAUGUAUAUAUUCAAAGCGUCAAGCUUUUAUCAGGUCAAACCAUGACAUUAAGUGACUGAAGGCAAGUAGGGAGUUACUUUUAGACAUGGAUCUCUCCAUUUCCCUUGGGGAUACCACGCUUACGCCAUCACCCAGUGCAAGGAACCUCGGCGUGGUGAUGGACAGCAGACUGUCCCUCUCCGAGAACAUUGCGGCGGUGACCCGGUCAUGCAGAUUCUUGCUAUACAACAUACGGAGAAUCCGCCCCUUUCUCACCCAGCUCCUGGUCCAAGCGAUGGUUCUGUCCCGCCUGGACUACUGCAAUUCCCUCUUGGCUGGCCUCCCAGCGUCUGCCAUCAGACCCCUCCAACUUAUCCAGAAUGCAGCAGCUUGUCUGGUCUUCAACCUUCCCAAAUACUCACACGUCACCCCCCUGCUUACUUCCCUCCACUGGCUGCCUGUCAUGGCUCGCAUCGAAUUCAAAACAUUGGUGCUAGCCUUCCAAGUCUUCCCCAGCUUACCUACAAAAAAUCAUUAGACAUCAUUAUGAGUAUUAUUCGUAUAUUUUUAUAUUAGAAGUAUAUUUUUAUUUCAACACCAAACACCAAAAAAAAAACUCAUGUACUACCCUUUCCAGAAUUUGAAUUCAAAUUGCAAAAAAUGUUUGUCACAUACCUAUAAUACAUUGGACCACUAAAAGUAAAUGAGUAAAUCACACAUUUAAUUUUCUUUACAAUGUGUUACAAUAUGACCUUGUUAACCAAAAAAGAUUUUUUUCGUAUUUCAGAGUAAUAUUUUUCUUGCUUGCUUUUUUUCUGUCAGAUCCAUGUUUUAACAUUGACAUUUUUGCUCAUGUUGAACAUAUUUCAUGGAGUACUUGACAAAUAAAUAAAAUAUCAAAUGAAA